AUGGCGAAGGCUAAGAAAUCCAGGUCCGGUGGAAAGUCGAAAAAGCACAAGCAUGGAAGCAGAGGAAAGAAGGGCAAGUCCGGAAGCAGAGGUAAGAAGUCAAAGUCUGCAGGCAAAGGCAAAAAGGACAGGUCUGGACGCGAAGAAAAGGACGAGCUUGAGGACAAGGAAGACAAGACCGAAAGCAAAGGAAGCAAGCACAAGGCCGGCGGCAAAGGUAAGAAGAAAAAGCACGGAAGCAAAGGAAAGAAGGGCAAGUCCGGAAGCAAGGGUAGUAAGGGCAAGCACGGAAGCAAAGGAAAGAAGCACAAGCACGGAAGCAAAGGAAAGAAGCACAAGCAUGGAAGUAAAGGGAAGAAGCACAAGCCUGGUAGUAAAGGGAAGAAGGGCAAACACGGAAGCAAAGGAAAAAAGGGCAAGUCCGGAGGCAAAGGAAAGAAGCACAAGUCCGGUGGCAAAGCGAAGAAAGGAAGCGGGGACGGAUCACCUUUCGUUAAGAAGUCGGAAAAGUCGAGCACACCGGACAGCGCUACCGGUUCGGUCCUCGGUCGGGCAAGCGCCGCGUCCUCGGAGGGCCUUUUCAAGCCCCGGAUUCGGAGGCCGUUCUCGCCAUUGGUCUUACCCGCCGACCGACAGCUGACGACGGUGCGGCGACCGACUACCAUAUACAUCUGGAACUGGGACAACGUCUGGUUCUUUCCCAUGGGUGUGGUCGCCAUGUCCCUGGUCGUCCUCGGCAUGGUCCUCAUGUCGCUAAACGUGCAGGAGGCCGACGAACUUCAGGCCGAGGACGCGAUGAAUGCCACCGACGCCAGGAACGUGACCACUGCCGCCGGUGUCGUCACCCAGAGUCGUCCGUCCAGGAUCGACGUUUUCGGUGCCACGUCACACGAGACGUUCAAGAUACGCCGAAAGAAAGCGCAUGCGCGAAUUCCAAGUUCGAAAACAGAUAUUAUGGAUGAUGACGACACAACGACGCAGGCUUGGGUCGACGCUCCCAUAAAGGGCUCGCAAGGAACGAGUCGAUCGAUAUCGCCAUCUCUGAUUCAAGUGACGACAUCGAAAGGCGUUGACACCGAUGCGUGGGCACAAAACUUGACUGCCGUAAAUGAUGACGAAGUGUGA